AUGCAGCCAGACAUAGAUCUGAUGUUCAAUGGCGGUAUUGAAGUCCACUCUUUGCAUGGAUCAGAGGAAUUAUCUCCUGGUGAGCCUCAAAAGUUUCUCAAUUCCUUGGCAAUGUCAGCAAAAAUCCUUACAUCAAGUAAUGGAUUAGUUUUAUGUCGUAGCAGAUCAAGAGAGAGUGAAGUUCAGCUCUUUAUAUGCAAUCUUAUCACAAAGACAUGGCUCCCCAUUGCUACCCCAAAAAUGUUACUUGAAGCCCCUGGUGAUGAUGUGUAUGUUGCUUUUGAGUGCACUAACAAUAAUCUUGAUGUAGAUGACUAUAGAAUAAUUUUGUUUGAGAUGCCCUUGGAAUGGUCAUCACAUCUUGAUUUGAAAGUGUAUUUGCCAAAAGAAGGUGUGUGGAAAGCCAUGGAGAGAAGUUUCAUCGUUGGUAGUAGGAACAUGAGACUUGAUAUGCCCGUAAUUCUUCAUAAUAAUCUCCACAUUAUAUCUAAUUGCUCUCCUUAUUUAACCCCUUUAAGUCCUUAUUAUAGGCCAUAUAUAAUGACAUACAAUUUUGAGAGUGGUCAAUCAACAAUGUUGAGGCUCCCAAAAGAUGCAAUAAAGGGUUCUCAUGAUGAUAGUUGUAAUAUGGGCAUUUUUGAAUGGGGGAAGAAGGCAAAAAAUUUAGAUCGCUCUAUUUGUUUAGUUAGGCUCAGGAAGUCUGUCUUUAUUGUAUGGAUCUUGGUUGAGUACGGAUCAACUUUAUGGAGAAGGAUUUUGAAAAUAAGAGUGAAAGACAUGAAGUUGGAGGAGGAAGAUCAAAGAGUUCAAGGAUUCACGGUUAUGAGUGGUGAUUGCUUGAUUUUUGCAACGGAGACAAAUGUUUAUGAAUAUGAUUUGUGUGGUGAACAUCUUCCGAGGGCAAAAAAAAUAUGUGAGCAUAAUUGGAGAAGCCCAAUUUGUUUCACUUCAUAUUCUAAUACUCUUCGACCAUGUGGAACCGGUGCCACAACAAUUGAUGGUUAUGUUACUACUCAUUCCUAA